GAAGACGUGUCUUUACAUUUCUGAAUGCUGUAUGCCGUUUUCAUCCAGCUCCCAAACCACUGAACGUUUACUGAAACGUGCUGUAGGACGCUUAGACCUUAAACAUGUCCAGUCGCAUCGCUUUCCAGACGCAGGCUAGCGUCCAUUAUGGAGGUGCUGGCGAAUGCCGCGGUGGCGGAGAUAUGCAAACUCGUAGACGACGACUACGCGGUCAUAAACUUACAGAUGACCCAGUGUCAGCGUGAAAACAAAGCGCUGAAGAGAAAACUUCACAUACUGGAGCUCAAGAUGGCACGAGGGUUCGCAGAGAGGAGGAUUAAUUCACUGAGUCGCACUAACCGGGUUCAAGUGAGCGCCGCUUUGUCAGACAAAUACAGGAACCAAACUAACGACGUCCUGUAUGGGGCUCAGUUUAACUCGGGUCUGUGGAGAGGUGGAGGGACAGACUCAGCUGCUCAGCAAGCUGUAAAUGAAAGUAACAGUAUGACAGGAGAUGCGGUAUUAUCAGAAGCGGACACGGUGCUGAUCAAGGAUGAGAUGUUUGAGGAGGACCAAGCACAGCAGAGACUGUUCAUCAGAGAUGGUGGAGUGAAAGAGACGCCAUCACAGACUGUAGAGGCAUGUUUUGCGGAUGUUCAGAUGGUGAAAGAUGAUGCUCAGGUGUCUGGGAUGCAGCAGCCGUCUUUGGAGCAGCAAGGACAGGUGGAAGUCGGAGAACCAGAAACAAUAGUGAUAAAGGAAGAUCUGAAUGACCAGUGGGAAAGAAGCCAGGCACAAGCUGUAAUUGUGCAAGAUGCAGAGUCAAAUACAGAAUUUUGUAGCGGAAGACUUUCUAGCUCACCAGCCAGAAGCACAGAUGCACCUGGUACAGAGAAGCCUAUAGAGGUGGAAUUUUCCCAUUUGAGUGAAAAACGGACAGGAUAGGAGCCAGAG